AUGGCCCUGCGCGCCACUGCGACGCCACUGCUACUGCUGCUGCUGCUGCUGCUCGCACCGACGGCAACGCGCGCUGCCACGUGCGACACGAGAGGGAACGUCGUGCUCGUCGCUGGGCAGAACGACAGCGAAGCGAUUGUCAUUGACGCCGACUGCUUUGAGACGAAUGUGGUCGCGAGCGACGACACGCUGAUGGCGAGUAACUUGGGCAUUGAGAAGGUGCUGAGUGCGCCCGACGUGAAAGACAUUGACUUGUCGCUCAAUAAGAUAUCGUCGCUGUCGCUGAAGGAGCUGCAGGCCGUCGAGAAAUUGACGCUGACAUCGAACAAGUUUGACGCGUUCCGGCACUUGAAAGUCCCCGCGUCCAUCCAGACGCUGGACUUGAGCUGGAACAACAUCGCGUCUUUUGACGGCAUGAGUCUCCCUAGCACAAUGACGCAGCUGUUCCUAGGCGGCAAUCCCAUCAAGUCCGUCGCAGGCGUGACGUUCCCGUCGUCACUCACGCUCCUGUACAUCCACAACUUGCAGCUGACGGACCUGAAGGGCGCAACGUUUCCCGACAGUGUCCAGUAUUUAUCCCUCGUGCAGUCCGGUCUCUCUGGCUUGGACGGCGUCACUUUCCCAAACGAACUGCAGUACAUUGACUUUUCGUUCAACACCAUCGCGACGCUGCCCACCGGUUUGCCUUCGACUGUGCGGCAGAUCACAGCAACCGACAACCGCAUCACGACGCUAUCGCUCUACUCGUUCCCGUCCAGCAUCGCGUCGCUCAACUUCUCUGGCAACCCAAUCGAGUCGAUCCAUGGCGUCUCGUUCCCACUGGCGCUGACAAAACUCGACCUGGGGGACCACAAGAUCACGAGGUUUGAGAUCUCGCGCUCGGACUACGCCACGUUCAAAGACCUGGACGUGUUCACUGCAGUCGUGUCCCAGACCAGCUGCGCCACGUCCGGUGCUGAGCUCGUCGCCGUGUCGGGCUACAGCAUCUGCGUGAUCUCGGACGAGCUGUUUGCACAGACGUACGGCGACGCGUCUCGGAAUUCCGAGAGCACUGCGACAGUUCCAGUCGCUGGGAGUAGCAGCAGCAACUCGACCAUCCUCAUUGUGGUCAUCUGCCUCGCCGUUGUCCUCGCCGUAGCGCUCGCAGCGUUUGUCUUUCGGACGUACAAGACGCGGCAGCCCAAGGACGCGUCGUACCGCGGUAGGGACCCCAACACCUUUUUCGUCAAUGGCACAGACCUCGACACGGGCAACGACUCGAACGGCAAUGGCCACCGGCGCAUCGACGCCAACGGCUUCAACACGAUCUUCACGGGCGGCAAAGUCACCAUGAUGGGCGGCACGUCGAUCGAGUCGGCUCUCAUCAAGUACCGCGUGCCCGCGAACGAGGUGCAGAUCGAGCGGUCGAUCGCCAAAGGCGGCUUUGGCAUUGUCUUCCUCGCCCACUACCAGGGCCGCGCCGUGGUCGUCAAGAAGAUUUUGCCCGAAAAGGCCGCCGACGACCGCUGCCUCAGUGCCUUUAUCGAAGAGAUCAAGCUCCUCUCGUCGCUCUCGCACUCCAAGAUCGUGCGCUUCAUUGGCGUGAGCUGGAGCAUGUUGUCCGACAUGGCGAUCCUCAUGGACUACAUGCCGAACGGCGACCUCGACAUGCUGCUCAAGCAACAGCGCGCGCGCCAGGAGCUGUACCCGAAGGAGUUUGACUGGUACCAGAACUCGCCCGUGCUGCCGGCAAAGGCUGCGGUUGCGCUCGACGUGUUGGAAGCCAUUGUGUACCUCCACUCGUUCCCGUCGCCCAUUAUCCACCGCGACCUCAAGGCGAAGAACGUGCUCCUGAGCUCGUCGUACGAAGCCAAACUGAGCGACUUUGGCGUCAGUCGCGAGUGGCAGGUGGACACGACAAUGACCGCCGGCAUUGGCACAAUGGCGUACAUUGCCCCCGAGAUCUUACGCGGCGAGCGGUACACAGAGAUGGCCGACAUGUACUCGUUCGGCGUUUUGCUGUCCGAGUUGGCCACGUGCGCCAAACCCUUUGAGGGCGUCACGAACGCACUGAUUGUGCUCAAAGUCACGAGCGAAGAGCAGCCAGAGAUGGGCUCCACGUGCCCCGAAGACAUUCGGGAACUCGCCAAGCGCUGUCUCAGCUUUCACGCGAGCGACCGCCCGAGCGCCAGUGUGGCUCACUAUGAGCUGCGGACGCUGUUGAAGUUGCACUCGGCGUUUGAGCUCUAG